CGCCCCCUGGCGGCGGGACGGGCGGGAGGGCGGCCCCGCUCCCGGCCCCGGCCCCGGUUCUGCUCCCGGUCCUGCUCCUUGUCCCGCUCCUGCUCCCGGCCCCGGUGGCCCCGGAGCGCCGUCCGUGCCACCAUGAGCUCCGAGACGCUGGUCAAGGACGUCAAGCCCGGCCUCAAGAACCUCAACCUCAUCUUCAUCGUGCUGGAGACCGGCCGGGUGACCAAGACCAAGGACGGCCACGAGGUCAGGACGUGCAAGGUGGCCGACAAGACCGGCAGCAUCAACAUCUCCGUGUGGGACGACGUGGGCAACCUCAUCCAGCCCGGGGACAUCAUCCGCCUCACCAAGGGCUACGCCUCCGUCUUCAAGGGCUGCCUGACGCUCUACACCGGCCGAGGGGGGGAUCUGCAGAAGAUUGGAGAGUUCUGCAUGGUUUACUCCGAGGUGCCCAACUUCAGCGAGCCCAACCCCGAGUACGCGGCGCAGCAGGGCCAGGGCAAGGGGGCCCCUCCCGACAGCUCCACCCCGCCGGCUCCGCAGCCCCCCCCGGGCCCCCCCCCCCGGUUCCCCGCAGCCCCCGAGAGCCAGAACGGGAACGGGCUGAGCCCGGGGGGCCCCCCCCGCGCACACCCCCCGAGCGGCCGCAGCACCCGCAGCCAGCCCGGGCCCGUCAGCAACGGCAAGGAGACGCGCCGGAGCGGCAAGAGAUAGCCGGGACCCCCCCGGGACCCCCCCGGGACCCCCCGGGACACCCCGGGACAC